AUGCCUGGAGACCGAGAUACAGAUGACCAACUUAGAACCCCAAAGCCGCAACAUGACGAGGUCAAAACAUCAGGCAAGUCGCUAAUUACUACCGCCGCCAAAAGCGCAACUACCCUACUUCCUCAGUCAAUUGCGUCAGCCGUUUCCUUUUUCGCUCAGUCAACGUCGCUUUCCCUGCGUAUUGGGACGUAUUUUGGCGGGGCUGCUUUGGGAGGUGCUAGGGUGACAACUCUAACGGGAUUGGAACUGAGUAGAGCUGUGGUAGAGGCUAUAUUGACAAGAGCUGGGCGUGAUGUUUCGGGACACAGCCAAGGAGACUAUGGAAGGUCGGAGGCCGACUCUAUACUCGAGCGCAGUUUAGCAGCCUUGCAUUCAACCGUGACUUCGACUUCAUUUUUUGCAGCUGCGGGCUUCCGCUUGUCUGAAGUAGCGCUUUCUUCAUUGUCAAACUUGUCUCAGAAUUUGCUAUAUACAUUAGACGCGAUAUUGGGCUCAACAGAAUCGUCCCGGGCCAUUGCGGCAAUUAUCACAUUGAUUCGAAAGGAAUUUUCAAAAGCAGAAGAAGGCGAGGACAGCGAAGUGGUCGGCGUUGGAGACUUGCUCGUGGGAUCCGUAGGCUUCGCCCUGUUGCAGCGCUGGGGACGGUUGAAAUCCGAAAAGCAAUUGCGGGAGUCGGAGGGUGAGGUUAUUAUAUGGGAUGUUGUCAUUUUGGAUAACGGGUUGAGAGCGGACGUUAUUGGGACGCAGAUGACAGAUUAUGUGCAGAAAAUGUUGAAUGAUGGCGACAUAUCUCGGCCGGCGUCAUUUAUGGAUCCCACUGGACAUGAAGAAUCAAUCAACGCAUUGGAGCGUGUGUCCGUUUCUCGAAACAGUCCUCCUCACUCAUGGGAUCCCUCGGAUGUCCAGCAACUGACAGAUGAAGAUAUUCGCAACUACAUUAUGAGACAGCUACCUCGCGGCAGCCGUGCUUCGGUUAGGACCGAAUUGGUGACAGCGCGUACUAUCACAGUAGACAUAUACGAUGACGACGUAGCUGAGAUUGCUGCACCUCCGGGAACUAUGAUGAUUGAAGAGAGGUUCUACAACGACCAGGCAUUGUUAGACGCAUCCAAACGCCUGCCUAAUCACACAGUCGUCUUCCGAACAGCGUUCAAUGAAUCACAGAGCACGGAUUUACUGGCAGAACCUUUUCCAGCAGCGUCUCGGAAAACCGACGAUGUUGCAAAUAUGGUCAUCGAUGACACAGAUACCAGCCAGACAAAGCAUGAAAAGGAGUCCAUCAACAAAUCUUCGCAGGCAGCUGCUUCUGAACAUCAUGCAAACGAAGGACGGCGAAGACCGCCCUGUGACACAAGCUCAUCAUCGUUGAGUGGCUCAGAUGCCCCUCGAAACACAUUUGGAAAGGCGUCCCUUUCGAAGAUCACGCAAAAGGUCAGGGCUGGCCAGAGCGAGAAGUCGAAUCUCAAGAGCAAAGAUACCACGAAGAAAGCGCAAGGGAAGGGCCCCUCAGUAUUGUUCAAAACAAACAAAGUAUCAAGCGGUGGGCCUCCGAGCAGAAAUCCAACAAGCCCAAUACUUGCGAGUGUCACCAGAGCCCUCCCGCCUUCCCCGGUCGCUGAUUACACCAGGUACCGUUCGAUACCAUCUCCAACGGCGAGCAGAGUGCCGCAACCCAACCGAGCUCCCUCAAGAGCAGGUUUAUUCUCUCCAAACAAGGAUACGGAAUCAUUUGUCACCCAUACUGACUCCUAUUCAAUCCAUUCGAUAGACAGUCGACCCGGAUCUGCGUCUUAUACCCGAACUCAUAUUCGUAGCAGCAGCUCACUGUCCGGAAAUCGGCCCGAAGAUGCCAAAAAUUCAUCGAAACAUGAUUUGCAACCACCGGGGUCUCCGCAAACACGUAGACGCUCGCGUUCGUUUGUGCCUAGCAUAUACUCUAUGGCCACCAGUUCCGAGACAUCUCUGAUACUCGCACCUCGUCCCAGAAAAAGUGUCUAUGAGGAUGAUUCAACCAUCAUUGGUCUGAAUCGAAAUGGCCUGGUUCCAGGCAUAUUCCCACACAACCACCUAGUCAAAAACAUCCGUCGCUUUUGUCGUUUCUCGUCCGCAUCGUAUGGUUCCAAUGCACUCAAGGUGAUGGGAGUGCAGCACGAUCAAAAAACGAUACAGUAUCAUGAUCCUGAACAUCAAGAGCAUAGCUCCUUCUCAAACAUGACGGGGCUACCACAGUCCACCAUUCUUCUAUCCUCAUAUGUUGACCCCGCUGGUGGCAGCAACUCUGCCGGAGAGACUGAGACUGGAUUCCCUCUCGUGCACUAUCUCUUUUUGGAUCACGAGUCAAAAGCAGUUGUGCUCGCUCUUCGUGGAACGUGGGGGUUUGAGGACAUCCUUACAGACAUGACAUGCGACUACGACGAUCUUGAAUGGCAAGGAAAGAACUGGAAAGUCCACAAAGGCAUGCACGCAUCUGCCAAACGGCUUCUAGAGGGCGGUGGAAAAAGAGUCAUGGCGACAAUCAAAGCUGCCCUCGAAGAAUUCCCGGAUUACGGAGUUAUAUUCUGCGGUCAUUCCCUGGGUGGCGGCGUAGCAGCUCUUCUUGCAACAAUGAUAUCUCAACCGAACGCCGAUACCUCUGGGCCGUCCUUUGUAACAGCCUCGGCCUUGCAGGCGACAAAACCGCUGCUUCUAACAACAAACCAUCAGCAAGAAGCUGCAAAGACGUUUUCGCUGCCACCCAAUCGACCUAUUCAUGUCUACGCUUUCGGUCCACCAGCAUGCAUGUCACCAUUCCUACGCCGUGCCACACGAGGUCUAGUCACAACAGUCGUCAAUGGCAACGACGUCGUUCCCACUCUAUCACUCGGAAUCCUGCGCGAUCUGCGCACCGUAGCCCUAUCAUUUAAAAAGGACACUACGGACUCUAAAUCACAUAUCCGGUCCCGUGUCUGGGAGGGUCUUCGACAAAGCAUCCUCAACAAAUUCUAUGUGAACCAGCCACCCAUCCCAAUAGACGCCGGCGAAGGUCUGGGUGACGAUACCUGGACAUGGUCCACACUUCAAAGCCUGCGCGGCGAAAUGAUUGCGCCCAAACUCGUGCCUCCUGGUGAAGUAUUUGUGGUUGAUACAAUGCGUGUGUUGCAACGCAAUGCAUUCACGACUGGGACUGACUUUCUAAACGAAGGGGGUCAUCCGCAACUGGGCAGACCUGCGACUAGAGUUCAAUUAAAGUUUAUUCGGAAUGUGGAAACGUAUUUUGGUGAGAUGAAGUUUAGUUCGGGGAUGUUGGGAGAUCAUAAUCCUGUGAGAUAUGAAGCUAGUCUGGCUACAUUGGCGAGGGGAAUUAUCGAUGAUUGA